AUGACAACUGCUACAGUACAGAUGACGACUGCUACAGUGCAGAUGACAACUGCUACAGUACAGGUGACAACUGAUAUAGUGCAUAUGACGACUGCUACAGUGCAUAUGACGACUGCCACAGUGCAUAUGACCACUGCCACGGUGCGUGCAGAUGACGACUGCCACAGUACAGAUGACGACUGCCACAGUGCAUAUGACGACUGCCACAGUGCAUAUGACGACUGCUACAGUGCAUAUGACGACUGCUACAGUGCAGCUGACGACUGUCACAGUGCAUAUGACGACUGCCACAGUGCAUAUGACAACCGCCACAGUGCAGAUGACGACUGCUACAAUGCAGAUGACGACUGCUACAGUGCAGAUGACUACUGUUACAGCGCAGAUGAUGACUGCCACAAUGCAUGUGACUACUGCUACAGUACAGAUGAUGACCGCCACAAUGCAGAUGACGACUUCUACAACACAGUAAUGCGACUGCCACAGUGCAGAUGA